AUGAAUAGCUCAGGGAAACGUUUCACCAAUGUUGAGUUCGAAAAUAAACAUCUACCGGCAUGUUUUGGUUACAUAACAUGGAAAAUAUUAUCUCUUGAAGAAGCUAUGGUAGACCUACAUGACCUUUUACCAAAAAUCAAUCGAUUUGUUAACUUGGCCAAGAAAUACUGUACGUUUCCAAAUGAACACAACUUAACCAAAGACGAAGCUGCUACAAUUUAUCUUUAUACCAUGGAAAUGUCGGAUGAUGCAUGUGUGUAUCGUCUUUUAAAUCAAGCACUCAUUGCUGAUGAUCGGUCCCAAGUACGUCCAUGGUUUGCGUAUUUAAAGCUUUUGGAUUCUGCGGCAUCCAAGCUACCGAAAUUUAAAGGCUGUGCCUGGCGUGGAAUUAAUAAAGAUGUUAGUCAGACAUUCAAAAAAGGUCAAAUAAUAACUUGGUGGAGUGUUAGCUCGUGCUCAACAUCUGUUGAUGUAAUUUCAUCAUUUCUUGGCAAAACUUCGCAGAGUACAUUAUUUAAUAUUGAGUGCUCGAAUGGACACUCCAUCGCAGCAUACACAUGUUACCCAAACGAAAAUGAAGUUAUUCUAAUGCCGGGUACAAUGUUUGAAGUUGUAUCAGAUCCAUUACAUCAUCAUGGUGGGUUACAUAUUAUACAUUUGAAAGAAAUUCUUGAUGAUCAUGGCGAACAACAAAGCGCAACAAGAUCAACAACUGCAGAUGCUGCAACCACUACAUCUGUAGUGCAGAAAUUCGACAAUAUAAGUUUAAGUAAGAAAACGAAUUUAAAAUUAGGCAUCUCAGCCAUGAGUAAAGCAAUUUGUAACUAUCUUUAUGGGUAUCUCUCGUUCACUUUCUGA